GAGGAUCAGUCUUGCUAAGCAGUGAAAAAAAAACAGAGUCUGCAAUAUAAAGAGAGUUAGGAUUUACUGUUGAGAAUAACAAAUUCUUGUUAAAAUUCUGUUGAGCCUGUUUAGUAUUAGUAGUAGCCUUACCUCCUAUCUUGGAGAGUUAGUUGAGAUUUGUAAUUUGACUUCCUCAAAGUAUUGAGUGCACUCAAAGAUAAUAGUUGAUUAGUUUUUUCUGGUGAAGAAGAGUUCUUCCUCUCUGUACACGUUUCAACAUUAUGGUCUUUUGUUCUCUGUUCUUCUUUCUUCUUCUCUCACAUAAUCUCAUUUGAGUUUCUAUAUGGUAUCAAGAGCUUCUGGAUUCUUCAAUCAUGACAGAUGCAUCUGUCAACUCUAAUCCUGGGAAUUCAAAUUCCUCCAAUUCUGCAAAUUCAAACCCUAACAACAAUGUUCUUGCAAACAAUUUCUCUUUCCCAUCACAUCUACUAAAUUCGAGACCUUUCAACCCCAUUAGUGACAAGCUUGGAGAAAAGAAUCACAAGACUUGGGAACAGCAGGCAUUAGCAGCUAUUAGAGGUCAAAAAUUAGAGGAUCACCUGUUUCUAGAUCGUGUUCCACCUCAAUAUGCUUCCACUGAAGAUCAGCGAAAUUUUCUUGAAUCUGUUACCUAUCAACAGUGGCUCCAAGAUGAUUAUAACCUUCAAUCCUGGUUGCUUGCUUCUAUUGAUCCUGUGUUCAAGAACAAAAUGGUUGGCUGCACACUUAGUCAUCAAAUUUGGAGAACGAUUGAGGAGUACUUUGCUGAAUCAACAAGAUUUCGAGUGAAGCAGCUAAAGGCUCAACUCAAGGCCAUCAAGAAACAAGGUCAAAGCCCCACUGAUUAUGUUUUCAAAAUAAAAAAUAUUGCUGAUCCAUUAGCUGCACUAGGAUCUCCUUUAACCACAGAAGAACACAAAGAAGCUCUUCUUGAAGGAUUGAGUGAAGAAUAUCAAAUGAUUCUCACUACAGUCAAUACAAAACCAGAAUUAUACAGUCUAUGUGAAGUUGAAACCAUCAUCAUGUCUUAUGAUGAUAUGCUGGACAAGUUUCGCAGAUCUACAAACCCUAUGGUACAAGCUAACUUCACCCAAUCCUCUUUUCCAUCAAUCCCUAAUACUGGCAGAGGUUUUGGAGGUCGAAGAGGUCAUGGUGGUAGGUCACAAAGGGGUGGCCGAUCCUUUUAUUCCUCACCAAGGCCACAAUGCCAAAUUUGUGGAUGCUUUGGCCACAUUGCUUGGCAUUGUUUCAAUCGUUUUGAUCAGAAUAUUCCUCCACCGUCACAAACCUUCCAAGAAAAUCAACCUGAACAAUUUUCAAAUGCUACAAAUACUAAUUCUUCUACAACUAAUAAGAAUUCAGCCACUACACCACCACCACCACCUCCCCCAUCAUUCCAUAAUCCUACAGCAUACAUAGCAGCCCCAGGAACUAUUGCAGAUCCUUCUUGGUAUCCAGAUAUAGGGGCUUCUCAUCACAUUACACAAGACUCAUCAAACUUCAUUUCCUCCUCAGAUUACACUGGUCCUGACAAAAUACAAAUUGUGGACUGAUAAGGUGCUGUUACAAGGGUAUAGAAAAGGAGGAAUCUACAGAUUCUCUAAUGUUGCUGCCCCUAAUACAUCUUCUAUUUUACAAAAACCAUGUGUCUUUACUGCUUCUAGGAUUUCUUUAGACUUGU